CGCCCCCUUCGCCCCUCGCAGCUAUAAAUAGGAGCUGGUGUUUUUUUGCUCCUCUCACUUCUCUUGAAGGAUGAGGUCCCUGAAACAUCUCAAACAUCACACCAGGAGUAAUGUGGAAGAGCAGGAAGUUCCUCUGGUUCGCUGCUAUUCUAAAGUGAUGGAGCAUGCGGUGGACGUCGGCACUCAGACUGACCCAGUGGUGGUCCUGUCCCUGGCCCAGGCCGCUGUGCUGGGACUCAUAUCCCAGAAUGAAAUCUUCGGAGCCACAAUUGCCCCAAACGGUUUCUACACGGGAGAGGGACGUGAAGGCCCUGCUCCUCCUGCAGAAUCCAUGGAGUACGAAUAUGCAGAUCAGCUAAUUGGAGCCAAUGGGGACUAUCUAUCUGAGCCUCACGGGGAGAACAGGAAGCCGGAAGGGCUCUACGGGGCAGAACGCAGGCGUCCAGGACCCCGUGGCAGGAACAAGAGGCCUAUGAAUGAAGGAGAACCAGAGGAGUCCACUGAGAGGUCUCCAAACACACCGACUCAGGUGAAAGGGGAGAGGCCUGAGUUCUCUAGUCCGUGUUAUCUCUCAAAUCCCCAGCAAAGUGAGAAUGAGCCAGAAGUGUUGGACCUAGCACCUCAAAGAGUGCCAAUGAAAGAAGAGCAGUGUAACAAAGGCUACCCUGAGCCCUCGAGGGAGCCAACCAGCCAACAGGUUGACUCUGACACUCAGACGCAAGCCCACCAAAGCCCUGUGGGGCAUGGAAAAGCACUGGGGGAGUCCUCUGAGGAAGCACGGGGAAAGGAGGAGGAACUGGAAGAAGACGAGGAGGAAGUGGAGGAGAGAGCACUGAACCUGAAAACCACAGAGGAGGAUGUGAGCCCAGCAAUGAGGCGCUACUAUGAGUCAAGUGUGACAGCGUAUGAAGCUGCUGAGAUGGGCUUGCCGGGAGAGUAUGAGGAAGGCGGACAGAACAUGAUGUGGACGGAGGGUGAGAACUCCUUGGGCAGACGGAUGCAGAUCGACCGGCUAGAUAUUAACGUGCAAAUUGACGAAUCCUACUGUGUGGAUGUGGGUGAAGGUCUUAAACGUUGGAAGUGCCGCAUGUGUGAGAAGUCCUACACUUCCAAAUACAACUUGGUCACACACAUUCUUGGUCACAAUGGCAUCAAACCACACGAGUGUCUGCAUUGUGGAAAGCUCUUCAAGCAGCCUAGCCAUCUUCAGACACAUCUGCUAACGCACCAAGGGACGCGGCCACACAAGUGCACCGUCUGCAAGAAAGCCUUCACCCAGACGAGUCACCUUAAACGUCACAUGUUGCAGCACAGCGAUGUCAAGCCUUACAGCUGCCGCUUCUGCGGCCGAGGAUUUGCCUAUCCCAGCGAGCUACGUACUCAUGAGACCAAGCAUGAGAGUGGCCACUGUCAUGUUUGCACGCAGUGCGGCAUGGAGUUCCCCACUCACGCCCACCUCAAGCGCCACCAGGUCAGCCACCAGGGCCCGACAACCUUUCAGUGCACCGAAUGUCAUAAGUCCUUCGCCUACCGUAGCCAGCUCCAGAAUCACCUGAUGAAGCACCAGAACGUGCGGCCCUAUGUCUGCUCGGAGUGCGGCAUGGAGUUCGUGCAGAUCCACCACCUGAAGCAGCACAUGCUUACACACAAGGUACUGACACAGCAGGCCCUCGAACACAAGGGUAUGAAGGAAUACAAAUGCGACGUGUGUUCUCGCGAAUUCACCCUCUCCGCCAACCUGAAGCGACAUAUGCUGAUUCACACCAGUGUGCGCCCUUUCCAGUGCCACGUCUGCUUCAAGACCUUCGUUCAGAAGCAGACGCUUAAAACACACAUGAUUGUCCACUUGCCUGUGAAACCUUUUAAGUGCAAGGUGUGCGGGAAGUCCUUCAACAGAAUGUAUAACCUGCUGGGUCACAUGCACCUUCAUGCCGGUAGCAAACCCUUCAAGUGUCCUUACUGCACCAGCAAGUUCAAUUUGAAGGGCAACUUGAGUCGGCACAUGAAGGUGAAACAUGGAAUCCUGGACACCUCAACUGAAGGACAAGAAGCCGUGCCUGAUGCAGAGGGUCAGGAAGAUUACGAGGAAGAGAGCUUUGAUUACAGCGAGAGGGAGAAUCUAGCCAGCAACAACGCACAAGAUUUGGCGAAACUCGCCAAAAUUAGCUACUACAACUACACUAAGGUUGCUGCCCGCUACAACACAACUUAAACAGCUGACUGAUACACUAAAAUGUGAGGAGGUAAAAAAAAAAAGACUGGAAUGGUCAUUUCUUUAGUACUAUUGGCUCUGACAUGAGCCAGUGAGGAAAUAGCCAUCAUGAAGUGGAUGUGCACUGGAAGCCAUUUUGGCUCUGUGAAACAAAAGUGAUAGCAGAUUGAAGCUUCAUUUUAACAAUGUCAUUUCACAUUAGGGACCAUCCUGAAGAAUAAAGGACUCUGUGUGUGUAGGUGCUAUUCUUUGUGAAACAAAUGUUCCACUUUUGCCCAUUACAGUGCAGUUCUUAAGAAGGAUAU